AUAAAAGUGUUCAGUCAGAACAAAUAUGGCUUAUUUCGAGUUAAUUUUCGUGUGGAUUGCACAUGACCCGAUAGGAAAUCCACUAAACCUUUAACUUUAGAGAAAAUCUAAAACGAAUCUACUGUUUAUAGUGGAUAUUAUAAUGGUGUUAUUAUUUAUUGCAUAAGUGUCGCAGUUAGCAAGGGAGGAAUAUUUAAAUAACAGGCUUUACUGUCGUCAUCUCAUAAACAUUUUCAAACCAGUUCCACCACUUGGAUGUUAAUAUCAGUCAAAUGUAUUAUUGAUACAAAAGUGAGGUGUAUCGAAAGGUAGACACUAUUCUUAUUCAAGUGUUGACGCAGAUAUUAAUAUUCCGCUUGUUUUGUGCCCAUGUCGCGCAUUCGUAGCAGCCAGGAGUGGGAGGUCCGUGCGUCCACCCUAGCGCGUAAGACCACGAACCCCAUACGCCAGAUUGUGGAGCACUUGCAAGUGGAACCGAAUCCUGAGAAGGAACUGAUUGCUCUCUCAAUCGGUGACCCAACCACAUUCGGAAAUCUCAACCCUCCGGAUCAGUUAUUGCAAGCAGUUCGGGAAAGUAUCGAGUUACACAAAAGUCGAGGCUAUGCGCCAUCGAAAGGACACUAUGAGGCAAGAGUUGCAGUGGCCAAGUACAGUGCUCAUCAGGGUGAAGUCAGCCCCGAAGACGUAAUCUUAACCAGCGGAUGCUCCCAUGCUAUUGAAAUGGUUAUCACAGCGAUUGCAGACUGUGGACAAAAUAUACUUAUCCCUCGACCAGGAUUUUCCAUAUAUCAGACAUUAUCAGAAGGUUUUGGGAUAAAAACUAAAUAUUACAACUUGUUGCCUAACGAACAUUGGAAAAUAGAUCUCGAUGAUUUAGAGAGUCAGAUAGACGAUGACACAGUCGCCAUAGUUAUCAAUAACCCUUCAAACCCGUGUGGUUCUGUGUAUGAUAAAGAACACUUGUAUGAAAUCCUAGAGAUAGCAUCCAGAAACAAAGUUCCCAUCAUAGCUGACGAAAUAUAUGAGCACUUUGUAUUUGCCGGUCGACAAUUCACUCCUAUAUCUUCAAUAUCCAAAGACGUUCCUGUAUUAACAUGUAGUGGAUUGACGAAGCGAUUUUUAGUUCCUGGUUGGCGAAUGGGUUGGGUGGUCAUUCACGAUCGAAAUGACGUUCUGGGAAAGGAAAUAAGACUGGCUUUAUCUAACUUGUCAAUGAGAAUUCUCGGACCUAGUGCAUUAAUACAAACUGCAUUACCGGCCAUUCUAGAAUGUACGCCGCAAAGUUUCUUCGAUGAAGUGUUGUUGUUUAUCGAGACACAAGCUAAACUGGCAUACAAAGAGUUGCGAGUGGCGCCAGGCCUGCGACCCAUUGAGCCACAGGGAGCGAUGUACAUGAUGAUAGAAAUUAAAAUGGCUCUAUUCCCUGAGUUCAAGGACGAAUGCCAGUUUGUGGAAAGCCUCGUGGCUGAGCAAUCUGUUUUCUGUUUGCCAGGACAGUGCUUCGAAUAUCCUAACUACAUGCGGAUUGUAUUAACUGUGCCAGAAGAUAAACUGCGCGAGGCGUGCCAGAGGAUAACAAUCUUUUGCAAAGAACAUGUAAUAGGAGAAAAAAGGAAAGAAAUAGAAACAAACGAUAUAGUGAAUAAUGUAGAAGUUAUAUGUGACGACAUAACCAAUGUCCUAUAAUUUAUUAUUUUUUAUUUUGUUUUGGUUUAUAAAUGAUUAGACAAAAUUUUCUUAUGUUUAACAAUUUUAUUCCCGCACUAGGUGUACUUGCCAGCGUUGCCAGAUUUUUAUUUGCCACGUCGGGAUUUUGGAACAUUAUGAGUAAAAAAGCGGGAUUAUUUAGUCGAAAGCGAGACAUCUUGAAAUAAACCUAUAAGUACUUAUAAUCAAAAGUUUCUGAAUCUUUCUAUUUGAUUUCAAAUUACGUUUACGUGACAAUAUAUAGUAAAAAUAUCCAUGUAAAAUCACUGUAUAAAAAUAUGAUAAUGUAAAUCAGAUUUACCCUAUUGUUAAAUAGUUGAGUCUUAUUCGUCUUUAGAAAGACAUUAGCAAACUAUGGAGUUUCAAACAUGAAGAAGUUACUGUGUCACCCUCCUGCGCUUUCUCAGUACUCUGCACGCACGGUAGAAUCAUUCCACAAAAGCGGGACUGAGCCUGUCCCGCGCGGGACAUUUAAUUUUGAAUAAAAAUCGGGACGUCUGGCAACGCUGUACACCACUCUUGUAUUGUCUGAGUCUGUGACCAUCUACUAAUUUGAUUUUACACAAUAAAUAACUAUUUUAGUAAUCUACGAGUAAUAUUUGAGUAAUCUACGAGUACCUACAGGAGUUAAUAAUAGCGGACGCCCGCGACUUGGUCCGCGUGUGCCUACAGUUUUUCAGAAAUUUACGAACUAUGGAUUUUUUUGGCGAUAAAAAUAACAUAAAAGCUUAUUGCUUCCGUUAAAAGUCAUAUUAAAAUUCGUUUGCCAGUCCAAAGAUAAGCCUGGACAAACAGACUGACAGGUGAUAAAAAAUUCAAAAAGCUUCUCUGUGUUAGUAAAAAUCCGUCGUAUACAAAUCACUUUUUUAAUUACCAUACAAUGAUUUUUUUGUACGAUUCACCUUGUACGUCUCAUCAUAGAUUACAUAAUAGAUAAUAGUUAUACGAGUAGGUACCUAGUAUCUACGAAAACAAAACUCUUCGGUGAGUAUAUUAAGAUUGCCUUCGCUUCAAGCAUGACAUGACUUCACUGACUGACUGAUGCAAGACAAUGGACUAUUUAACCACUUUCGCCAUAUUAGGGCAAAUUAUUUACCUUACUUUACGUAUUUACCUACUCGUACCAACUGUAACAUUUUUUUGGUUGUGAAUAUGUACUCUACACUAGCAAUUAAAUAUAGGACCUACCCACGUAAACAAGUGUAUAGAUUUAGAUUAUUUUUAACCGACUUCCAAAAAGGAGGAGGUUCUACGUUCGGCUGUAUGUAUGUUUUUUUUUUUUUUUUUUUUUUUUUUUUUUUUAUGUAUGUCCAGCGAUAAUUCCGUCAAUUAUGGACCGAUUUUAAAAAUUCUUUUUUUGUUUUGAAGGGUUUACUUCCAGGGUGGUCCCAUUUUUUUCAUGUCAGGAUCUGAUGGUGGCAUCCUGGAGAAAUUGAGGGGAACUUUCGAAAGUUGUAGAGACGGCUAGUGCGUUUGUUAGUGUUUCCAUAAGGUAUUUUAAACCACUACAACUUUAUGAAGGCUUGGAGUUGGUCUGAUGAUGGAGCCGAAACACAGACGAUGGAACUCGUCAACGAUUUACAGCAGUCACCUUUUGUUUGGGCUUGAUUAAUUUGUAUUGAUGAGUACUUUCCACCUGUAUGGGUUGUGACUGUAUUAAGGGUCUAGUGAUGAAGACGAGGGACAGUGAAGAGAACUCCUCGACGGUUCACAGUAGCUACCUCGUGUUUGGACUUGAUAAAUUUGUAUUGAUGAGAACUUUCCACCUAGAUGGAUUGUGACUGUAUUAAGGGUCUGGUGAUGAAGACGAUGGACAGUGAAGAGAACUCCUCGACGGUUCACAGUAGCUACCUUGUGUUUGGACUUGAUAAAUUUGUGUUGAUGAGAACUUUCCACCUAGAUGGAUUGUGACUGUAUUAAGGGUCUGAUGAGGAAGACGAGGGACAGUGAAGAGAACUCCUCGACGGUUCACAGUAGCUACCUUGUGUUUGGACUUGAUAAAUUUGAAUUGAUGAGAACUUUCCACCUAGAUGGAUUGUGACUGUAUUAAGGGUCUGGUGAUGAAGACGAAGCACAGUGAAGAGAACUCCUCGACGGCUCAUAGUAGCUACCUUGGGUUUGGACUUGAUAAUUUUGUAUUGAUAAGAACUUUCCAUUUAGAUAGGUUGUGACUGUACACACGCAGUAGGUAUGCUAACACUAAAAAUAAAAAAAUAAAAAUUUUAAUAAAAAAAAUUCAACCGACUUCCAAGUCAAAAAAUAACUAACUAAAAAGCAAAAAAUAACAUCUUACCUAUGUGCUACCUUCUGAUCAGUUUGAAGGCGGUGCCAAGCCAGUGAUGUUUUAAUUAAACACCAUUUAACUACAAAAUUUCUGUGGUUCUUUCAGAAACAGCUUUAAUUAAAACACAACACUGGCUUGGCACCGCCUUCAAACUGAUCAGAAGGUAGCACAUAGGUAAGAUGUUAUUUUUUGCUUUUUAGUUAGUUAUUUUUUGACUUGGAAGUCGGUUGAAUUUUUUUUAUUAAAAUUUUUAUUAAGUAAAUAAGUACAUACAAUACAAUAACAAAAAUAUACAUAUAUCACGUUUUGCUUUUUAAAAUUCUUUCGAAAAUAGCAUAAUAAAAACAAAAGGUAUUUUGUUAAACAUUUUAUUUAACUUUAGUACAUAAGUACCUACAGUAACAGUAAAGCCUUCUUGUCAAUCUUUAAGGUAUGGUAUACCAACUCCUACUCGUACAAGAUGGACCGUUGAGGUUAAGUUAUUAACCACGAAAUUAAUGGUAUCUAAUAUCUACUAGAUAGAAGUACUUUAAAAUUCGAUGAUGA